AUCACUUGCUACUGAUCUCCAAAACCUUUCUAUGGAGCUUCGCAAGAAACAAUCUACAUAUUUGAAACGCUUGAGACUGCAAAAAGAGAUAUUCUUGUUGCCCAGCCCGCAUCUUCCAUCUAUUAAGCCAGGCAGUACACCAUUUCCGCCUUCACCAAGUUCCUUCUAUAUAGCUACUAGCGACAGACCGCUUUUGCUGCUAAGCAAAUACUUCGCUAAGAUGCGCAAGUCAAUGCAAAAAAAACCCAUACAGUCCUCCGGUGAGAGAUCGGUUAUCUCUCUACCACUUAACCAACCUGUAAAUGCUCCCCUGCGCACCGAGACAGACAAGUGGUUCUACUCUUCUAUCACUAAGCUGGAAAAGAACCAAGCACGGCUUGAGAAGAAACUGGCAUGCCAGGCUUUGAUCAUCACUAAACUGACGCACGCCGUAAAGAAAUAUGCUCCUGCACUCGUCUUUAAGCGUUCUACCAAAGAGAAAGACCCGCGCCGGUACCAUUCUGAUGGGGAUUUAAGCGAUACUAGUCUCAGCUUUCCUUUUAUUUUGGAGGAGCAUGAUCUUGACGAAAAUGAUGUCACCAGUGAACCACUAGCUCCAGCUGACCCAUCAACUUUAGAAGACGAUGCGCCGUCUUCCUCGGAUGACGAGUGCUAGCUAAGGUAUCACCGUUACGUACAAACCAUUGUUCAAUAACAAACUUUUUAAGAAUUUCUAGAUUUGUCUAGUUAAGGACGUCCAAAUCCAGAUUAUCUAAGUUAUUUGAUUUUCAGCCA